AUGGCGCGCAAAGCACUUACCCACGUUCCCUUCCUCUACCGUUUCGUAUUCCUCUGGUUUGAACCAAUCGCUGCCUUCGGGGGCUCGCUCAUCAUCUGGUUUGCCCCCGCAUUAUUCCUCAAUACCAUGAGCCCGACGAGCAGAUAUGCGCCCGACAGCAAAGUCAUGUACGACCAAGUCGCAGCAACAUACACCCUUUUUGCUUAUAACGAAGCUGUUUUACUCAGAUCGACAACUGAUUUACGCGUAUGGCGCACUGUAGUCAUCGGAAUUUUGAUCUGCGACGUGCUACAUAUGUAUGCCAGCUGGGCUGCGCUGGGUAGCGUGUUCUGGACUCCGGGUGUCUGGAGGUGGGAGGAUUGGGUCAACCUGGGGAGUCUGUGGGGACAGGCUGCUGUGAGAGUUGCGUUCUUAAUGGGUGUGGGAUUGGAAGACAGUACAUGUGCCAAAAAGCACUGA